AUGGCGAUCGCUUUGGCUGAGGCGGAUAAGUAUGAGAUCUUGGAGAAGAUUGGUUGUGGUUCCUUCGGCAUCAUCCGUAAGGUCAAGCGGAAAUCAGAUUCCUUCAUCCUGUGCCGAAAGGAGAUCAACUACAUUAAGAUGUCUCAGAAGGAACGCGAACAGCUCACGGCCGAGUUCAACAUCCUGAGCUCGCUUCGACACCCGAACAUCGUCGCCUACUACCACCGUGAACACCUCAAAGCCAGCCAAGACCUUUACCUUUACAUGGAAUACUGCGGCGGUGGGGACCUGAGUAUGGUCAUCAAGAAUCUCAAGAAGGCCAAUAAGUACGCCGAGGAGGAAUUCGUGUGGAGGAUCUUGUCCCAGCUUGUCACGGCGCUGUUCCGUUGUCACUAUGGCUCCGAUGCUGCUGAGGUGGGCUCAAACAUUCUCGGCGCGCCACCCAAGGCCUCUGGACUCAAGGGAAAGCAGGGACAGGUCACGAUUCUGCAUCGUGAUCUGAAGCCAGAGAACAUUUUCCUUGGUAGCGACAACACCGUCAAGCUUGGGGACUUCGGCCUCUCUAAGCAAAUGCAGUCCCACGACUUCGCAUCAACCUAUGUCGGAACCCCAUUCUACAUGUCGCCUGAAAUCUGUGCUGCUGAGAAGUAUACCCUUCGUUCUGAUAUCUGGGCUGUUGGAUGUAUUAUGUAUGAGCUUUGCGCGAAGGAGCCUCCUUUCAACGCUCGCACACAUAUCCAGCUUGUUCAAAAGAUUCGCGAGGGGAAGUUCGCUCCUCUCCUCGAUUUCUAUUCCCCAGAGCUGAAGAAUGUUAUCGGAAGCUGUCUGCGCGUCAACCCUGAUCACCGUCCGGACACUGCUGCUCUCAUCAAUCUUCCAAUUAUUCGAUUGAUGCGCAAAGAGAAGGAGGUCGUUGAUCUUGGUCGUACUCUUCGUCGCCGCGAGGAGGUGGCCGUUCAAAAGGUCCGCGAGAUGGAGCAGAAUCUUGCAAAGAUUGAGAAAGAGAAGCAGCAAAUGAAGGCUGAAAUCGAGAACACCGUUCGACGCGAGUGGGAAGUUAAAGCCCGACUGGAGAUCGACCGACAAGUUCAAAGCGAACUCGACCGACUACGAAAACGUUUCGAGACGGAAGUCCAGGAUCGUGUUUCAUUGGAGCUGCAGAAGGAAAAGACUAAGAGGAAUAGCAGUCCUCAUGAUAUCUUCCGGACAAGUACCCGGGCUUCAAACUCCUCUCAGUCAUCCUCAUCUCGCGACAGCGGCCGCGGCUCUCGAUCUUCUGCGACGUUGACUGAUGAUAGCGAUGCUCCUUCUAUUGCCGAUAUCCCACCCAUGCCUGAAUCCCCAACAUCAAACGGCCGUAAGAAGCCUAAGAAGGAGGCCCGUACUCCUUUCUGCCGUUCAAAGACAACGGUUGUUGACUCACCUAUGGACGUACAAAUGGGCGAACCCUCCCCCAUCUCAAUCGCCUCUCUUUCCCUGUCUCCCCGCCGUACCUCCGCGGCAGCUGGUUCUGGCCGCAACAUCUUCGCCGAAGCCGAGCGUAACAAGGCUAAAUGGGAACCCACAUUGGCAUACUCCGAUGACGAAGAUGAUACCCCCGAUUUACCUUCUCCCACCCGCCCAAAGGUAAAGCCAGAUCCAUUCAAGGCUCCAUCUCGACCUCUCCUCCGCCAAAACACAGCAACUCUCAUGCAAAAGCUCAGCACACAACCACCACUCUUCCCAUCAAAUGGCUCCCGUCUUCCUCAAAUGUCCGGUGGUCCUUCCUCUUCUCAAUCCGAUACCCGCAGCAUGAGUGAAAGUCGCUCCAAAUCACCUCAUAGACGUCUUUCUAAAAUUCCUUCCUCGGCUAACCUUGCUGCUGAUGCUGGAUCUGGAUCUCCUACUCGGAAGAAUAGUUCUAAGCAGACCAGCCCUACCAAGGGUAAUGCUGGUGGAGAUGAGAUGUUUAAGGCUGUCAUGCAGCGCAACAUGGGUGGUCGCACCCUCGUGGAACUCGCGCAGGCUCGUGCCGGUGGUCGUCCUGUGGAUGAUAUGAAGCGUUGCGCAAGCGACUCACGCGCUACAGCUCCUACUUGCAGUCUAAAGGCGUCUGAUCGUGAUCCUCCUGCUAUUUGGGAUCCUGAGCGCGAUGAAAUGCCCAGUCCCUUCCUAGCUCGCGGGAAGGUCAUCCGUAACCUGCGUUAA